GUCAAGAGCACCCGACCAGGGGCACAUUAUCCCUACUGGAUACUCCUCCUGAGCUACUUUUCUAAAUUAUUCGAGUUCUUCCAUCGAUAUUUAUCGUCACUUUUUUUUUUGUGUUUGGUUCUUUUGAUGAAGUAAAUCAACCCGAGCAAGCACCAAUCGGCGUGUCGGGCUCCACUGCCGCCUUUCCCCCCAAGUGACGGACUGCGCCUUUCUCUGGUCUGUGUCUGUCUGUCUGUCUGUCUCUUUCUCACCAUCUGACCUUCUCCUGCUCCUCCGCUCCCUCCAUCGCUUCUUUUUUUCUUUUCUCUCCGCUUUCCCCUUCGCCUCUCCUGCUUCCAGGACUCACGCGUGAUCUGCCUGAGACCUGCGUCUCAGCCGCUUCUCUCUUUGUCCUCGUCAUCCUCCUAAAACCACCUUAUUCCCUCCCUCUUUAACUCAGACAUGUCCUACUAUCCUCCGUAUUCGGGCCCGCCCGGGUAUCCCCCGCAGCAACAACAGCAAUAUCCCUACCCCCCUCAGAGCUACGGCACCCCGCCACCACAAUACCAGCAACAAAUGAACCCUCACCACCAUCACCAAGCGUCUUAUGGCGGCGGCGGCGGCGGGUACCCUGGUCAGGCCUACCGUCAACAACCUCCCAGCGAUCCCUACCCCUACGGACAGCCAGCGCCCCACCAAUAUCAGGGAUCGCAACCUCCCCAGGGCGGAUAUAACGGUGGUUAUGGCGCUCCUCCGUAUGGUGGCCAGCAGGGGUACCCGAACUCCUAUAACCAAGGCGGCCAAGGCAAUGGACCCCCUCCUCCACCAAGUGAACCGGUAGCCUUUGGCCACGGUGCGCCGCAAGGCUACAGCUUCCAGUACUCUCGUUGCACGGGCAAGCGAAAGGCCCUGCUGAUCGGAAUCAAUUACUUUAACCAGAAAGGUCAGCUCCGAGGAUGCAUCAACGAUGUGAAGAACAUGUCAACAUACUUGAACCAGAACUUUGGGUAUGCUCGUGAGGACAUGGUUCUAUUGACGGAUGAUCAGCAAAAUCCUAUGAGCCAGCCCACCAAGGCCAACAUUCUCCGCGCUAUGCACUGGUUGGUGAAGGAUGCUCAGCCCAACGAUUCUCUAUUCUUCCACUAUUCCGGUCACGGCGGCCAAACGCCCGAUCUGGAUGGCGAUGAGGACGAUGGCUACGAUGAGGUGAUCUACCCCGUUGACUUCCGCGCCGCCGGACAUAUUGUCGAUGAUGAGAUGCACCGGAUUAUGGUCAAUCCUCUUCAACCAGGCGUUCGACUCACGGCUAUCUUCGACUCGUGCCAUUCGGGCUCUGCUCUGGACCUGCCUUACAUUUACUCAACUCAAGGAAUCCUCAAGGAGCCCAACUUGGCCAAGGAGGCGGGUCAGGGUCUGCUGGGCGUGGUGUCCGCUUACGCACGGGGCGACAUGGGCAGUAUGAUGUCCACGGCCGUCGGAUUCUUGAAGAAGGCGACCAAGGGAGACGAGGCGUACGAGCGUACCAAGCAGACCAAGACAAGCCCGGCAGACGUGAUCAUGUGGUCAGGCAGCAAAGACGACCAGACCAGCCAGGACGCACAGAUUGCCGGACAGGCUACGGGAGCCAUGUCGUGGGCGUUCAUCAGUGCACUCCGCAAGAACCCGCAACAGAGCUAUGUGCAGCUGUUGAACAGCAUCCGCGACGAGCUGGCUACCAAGUACACACAGAAGCCGCAGCUGAGCAGCAGUCAUCCAUUGGAUGUGAAUUUGCGGUAUGUCAUGUAAAUAGGAGCUUGUGGGGUUUUUGGGUCGAGUGGGAGGAAAAGGGGGUUUGGCCUCUCACAUAUUUAAUUCUACUAUGGGCCACUAUGCGAUUCUCUGUGUCAUGCGUUUCGCGCUGCGUCCUUGCCUUUUGGCGCCCAUCGCUUGUUUUUCAAAAGGUCAGAAUGGCUACUUGUUUUGAGGCGCAUACUCUAUCGGCAAUGGCACACGAUACACAUAUGACAUGAAUUGUAUAAACUUCAUG